CUAGAAGAAGAAGAAGUAGAAAACGGUUCAGUUAUUUGGUAGCUUAGCCCCGAGUGUGCCUCCAAAUAUAUGAGAAAUGUGACGUCUACCCGAGUCCGGACACAGUCUUCUCCUCGACUGCUACUCGCUGCACACCAUGGCGGACCGUCGGACCCCGUCGGGCGUGGACACCUCGGCUCAAAGGCGCUGUCGCGGUUUCCGCGGCUCUUGUUAUUGUAGCUAGCGUUCCGCGCUAGCUAGGUUAGCUUAACGCCGCUGUCUUCGCUCUCGACACAUCCGAUGUUGAUUCAUCGCUGCGGGCCAGGAAGUUGAGCCGCAACAAAAAAAAAACACAAACAAACAAACAAACAAGGCAACUGUGGAGCAAGUUGCAGGUUUUAAUGAACAAGCGGAUCUGAGACGUGUUCACGUGGCGACUCUUAAGGUAACUGACCUCAGCCUGUGUGUUUAAACGAGGCUGUUGUGCACGAAACGCUAAUGUCAUUUUACACUCGGAAAUAAACACGCACCGCCGCAUGCUUUGCUCGGAAGAGAAACAAACCGUUGACUGAAAUGUUAUUGCUAGUUAAGGUGAGAUUACCGCGCUAACGCCGCCGGCAGCAUCCGCGUUGACGACGCGUUGUCGGCGUCAUUGUGUUGGUGACAUUCGGGGAUGGAGCAGCGUGCAGGAGCCGGCGACACGACUCCCGCUUUGCGCGACGCGUCCGUCUGACUCCAACGUAGAUCGAAGCCAUGUCUUGCAAAGCGGCGACCAAGGACAAGAAGUCGAGCUUCGGCAAGAAGCUGUUCAGGCGCGGCUCCGUGCGCUCCGCGGGCAGCUUCAUGAGCAGGGUGCUGAGGACUCUGACCGCCCUGUCCCACUUCGGAUCCGAGGUGCAAGCGGAGGACGACAAGGACGACGGCGGGUUCUCCGCUUUCAAGAGUGGAGGUAAAGAUGUGCCCAUGGACGACGGCGACAUCGGGGGCUUCCUGUGCGGAGACAGGGUCCCCGGCGUGUCGGGGCUCAAGAACCACGGCAACACCUGCUUCAUGAACGCGAUCCUGCAGUGCCUCAGCAACACCGAGCUCUUCGCCGAGUACCUCGUCCUGGAGCACUACAGGGACGAGGACGAGCUGCAGGGCGACGCGCCGAAGACGACCGGCGUGCUGCUGCGGAGGAAGGGUCCCCCGGCCAAGGGAGAGGUCACGGAGCAGCUGUCGGGACUCGUGCGGGCUCUGUGGACGUUCGAGUACACCCCCCAGCACAGCAGGGACUUCAAGAAUGCUGUAUCAAAAAAUGCAACGCAGUUUAAAGGGAACGCGCAGCAAGAUGCUCAGGAGUUUCUGCUGUGGCUGCUGGACAGGGUGCACGAGGACCUAAACAUCAACCCCAACAGCAGGCCCGCUAUUAAGCCCCCUAUUGAAGAAGAUGACCAAAGUUUAGAGGGGCCUUCUCCGCCCCUCUCUGCUGGGUCGUUCGUACAAGAACUGUUUCAGGCACAGUACAGGUCUUCAUUGACCUGCCCACAUUGCCAAAAGCAGAGCAAUACUUUUGAUCCCUUCCUGUGCAUCUCCUUGCCCAUCCCACUACCACACACGCGGCCCCUGUAUGUGACAGUGGUCUACCAGGGGAAGUACUCUCACUGCAUGAGGAUCGGAGUCGCCGUUCCCCUCAACAGCACCGUCUAUCGCCUCAGAGACGCCGUGUCACGUGAGACCAAGAUCCCGAUGGACCAGUUUGUUUUGACUGAAAUGUACUAUGAUGGUUUCCAUCGUUCGUUUUGUGAUGACGACGAUGAUCUCGACAUCAUUCAAGAGAGCGAUUCCGUCUUUGCCUUCGAGACACCCGAGACCUUCAAACUGGAAAACAUACGCACAAAAAGAGGAAGUCUUCUCGCAAACCUGAAUCACAACAACUUGAAGUACGGGGCCGAAAUCGGCAGGACGCCGUCUUUCAUGCAGGGGGCCAUGACCCCUGUGACCGCAUCACCCAAUAAAAACCUGGGACCAGAAAAAAUUAUCCUUUUAGUGUGUAACAGAGCUUGUUCCGGCCACCAAGGAAAGAGGUUCGGCCUGCCUUUUGUACUGUACAUGGAGCGCACUGUGACAUGGGAUGGUCUACAAAAAGAGAUCCUGGAGAAGAUGCGUCAUCUUUUGAGGCCUGGGGUCUUUAUUCAGGUGGGUCCCUUCAGUCUGCGGGUGGUUGGCGUUGUUGGUAUAACCUACCUCCUUCCCCAAGACGAGCGACCACUGUGUCACCCCACCGUGGAAAGAGCGUACAAGUCCUGUGGACAAGGUGGACCACCGCAUGUGAAGAUAGUGGUAGAGUGGGACAAAGAGACCAAGGAAUAUCUGUUUGGACACACCGAGGAGGAGUACAUUCCCGAUGCCGAGAGUGUGUAUCUGCACCGAGAACAUCACCACCAGCCGCAGGCCUGCACGCUCGCUCAGUGCUUUCAGCUCUACACUAAGGAGGAGCAGCUGGCCCCGGAUGAUGCCUGGCGCUGUCCCCACUGCAAGCAGCUGCAGCAGGGCCGCAUCAAGCUCAGCCUGUGGACACUGCCAGACGUACUCAUACUGCAUCUCAAGAGGUUUAGACAGGAAGGAGACCGGAGGGCGAAGAUGCUGAACAUGGUGCGCUUCCCAUUGAUGGGCAUGGACAUGGCGCCUCAUGUGGUCAAGAGGAGUCAGAGCAGCUGGAGUUUACCUUCCCACUGGUCGCCGUGGAGAAGACCCUACGGCUUGGGAAGAAAUCCAGACGACUACCUGUAUGACCUGUAUGCCGUGUGCAACCACCAUGGGAAUAUGCACGGAGGCCACUACACAGCUUACUGCAAGAACUCCAUUGACGGUCAGUGGUACUGCUUUGACGACAGCGAGGUUUCACCAGUAGCUGAUGACGACGUGUGUCAGCAGACGGCCUAUAUUCUCUUCUACCAGAGGAGGACCGCUAUUCCCUCCUGGUCGGCCAACAGCUCUGUUGCUGGUUCCACCAGUUCGUCACUGUGUGACCACUGGGUCAACAGGUUGCCUGGCAGCAGGCCUGCCAGCUUGGCGUCUGGAGCCUCGUCCAGACGCACCUCUCUGGCUUCACUGGCUGAGUCGGUGGAGUUUCCAUGUGAACGCAGUGAGGAUGAUGGAGGAUUCUCUGUCCGGCCUUUUGUGAGGAGCAUUCAGCGUCAGAGCGUGUCCUCCAGGUCGUCCGUCGCUAGUCCCUUAGCCAUCAGCGACAGCGGGAUCAAACCUUCCUGGUCUCUCUCUGCUAAGCUGCACAUGAGAUCAAACUCUCCCUCGCGGUUCUCCCUCGACUCUCGAUGUUCACCUCCUCUCGAGAGGAUAGGAGAGGCCUGCGAUGACAAGGUCUCCACAUCCUGUUUUGGCAGCUAUAGUAGACACGAGCGCUACUUUGGCAGCAGGACUCCCUUGUCUAUGAUGGAGAGCAACUUCAGUGACCAGGACAACAAUACGAAGUUCCUCGACAUGAUGUACUGCAGGGCUCCCACUCCAGUGGAAAAGAAGAGCGCCAAAAAUGAGCCAACUGAAAACAACAACCAGAUAACAGCUGUAGACCAAAACAUACAACCUGCCCACGCAACCCCCUCCAAAGAACAGAAGCGUAAGAGUAGCAUUGGAGGGUUUGGCUCAAAGGCAGAAAGCACCGGCUCCGCAAAGAGCUCCAGCAAAGUGGAGCAAGAGAAGACCUCCAAAAAACGUUUGUGCUCCACCCAUAAGACCUCCGCCUCUGAGAAGUCUUUGAGUACACCCGUGAAAGGCAAGAAGGUGAGCAAUACGAAAGAAAAGAGUGUAAAUGCAAAGAAAAGCACCUCAACGCCCAGCGGGACUCCCUCCAAAACAAAGGGAGCAACGGCGCCUGUAGACGCCACGCCACAACAUAAGCCAUGUGUCCGCUCCACACCUCAGUCCUCGGCUUCUCCCUCACCAACCGCAAAGAAGAAUGCCAGCGUCGCAGAAAAGAGCACUGCGAGCAGUCGGAAACGACUGGUGGAACGGAGCUACAGCAGAGAUUCUAUGCACGCUAGCCCUCUGGUCAACAGUCUCCGAGGCAGCUCGACAGUUCGCUCUUCACUCUCCAAGAGUGGGGAGAGCAGCCGGAUCGAAAGGAAAUCUGUGAGGAGCUCGAGCAGCAGCUCUUCCGUCACCAGCCUGCGCUCACCGAGCGUCUCCACCAGGGACCUGCAGCGUAGCGGCAAGUCCGAGGAAAAGGGGUUGUCUUUCUUUAAGAGCGCCCUUCGACAAAGGGAAAGCCGCCGGUCGGCUGAUUUGGGUAAAAGCACCAUGCUCGCUAAAAAAUCCUCGGAGAGGACGUGCAAGCAGAACGGACAGGCCAAGGAGAUCGGCGCUGACAACGGAAAGGCAGGAGGCGCCGCGUCUUCGCAGACCUCCACGGAGACUCGAGGAGGCGAGAAGAAGUCAGAGACUAAAGAGUCUUCCAAGCCCCCCAGCUCUCUCAGUCGCACUCUGUUAAACGUAGGCAAGUCCAAGUCUUCCACUUCUGACGUAAGUGUCAAGCCUCCCACGAAAGGGAAGAAGCCCCUCGAAAGGCUGACAUCUUCCCGAAAGCUGUCGUCAAGCAUGCAAUCUCCCGCACGUACAACGCAGAGGCCUCAAUGAUAAAACCCAUCAGAGUUAUAUUGAACGUACAUAUUUGCAGCUAUUUUUCUUUCAUGCCUAGGUUUCAGAGAGCACCAGACGUGUUGUUGUUAUGGUUUUGUUGCACUUGCAUUCGAUGGCUUUGAGGUUUGAAUGUCAGUUGGCGAAUUUUCAUUUGCAUAUUUACUCAUUUGGUAAACUUCCAGUUCUGGUUUUUAGAGCAGUUUGUAUUGUUACCAUUGACACCUUUUAAGAGACAGCUUGACACAUUCGAUGUUUUCUGGCAUGGAUGUUUUCUGGCAGCAUCGUGAUUACUUGAGUCCUGUAUAACUGCUGACAAAAUUUCACCAAAUGUAAUCUUCAAAUCCCAUUAUCUUUCCUUCAGACAAGGGGCUUUUUAUGUCUUAAAGAAAUAUUCAGAUUGAAAAACCUGGUUUGAAAUGCAGGGAUAUGAGAUAUUUUCACCUCGCACGCACCAGCGAUGCAUAGUUUGUCUUGUAGCGUAACUUUUUUCAAAAUAAUAUAGAUGAACAUUGGCUAGUUGCGAAUGCUCAAACCUCACAGCUCUUCCAUAUGCAUUUUAAACCCAACAGAACCACAACAUUGACGAUGGUCUCUGGACACAUUGUACUUGUACCUUUGCGAGGACACUCAUAAUCAUAAGGCAUUUCCAGGCCCGUUACCCAAACCGUAACCAUCCAAACUGAAACCUUAACCUCAACCUAAACCUUAAUCCCACCCCUGACACUAAAACCAAUUUUAAUUAUUAAAUAAUUAAAUACGGCCCCUCGUCUAAAAAGUGAGGACCAGCCAAUAUGUCCUCUGAUGGUCAAAGAGGUCCUCACAAAGAUAGAAGUAGAAGUAUGCACACACACUCACACACACACACACACACACAAAGAGUUUCAUUCCGAAAUAGUUGCGGUUAAGUAUUCAAACAGUUUUCAGUGAUUGUGUUAAGCUGAUCAAACGGGUCAUUGAUCGAUAAAAACCUGCAGUCACGCACACACUUCAUGACAUUAGGGAGAGUAUGAGUGUUUUUUGUCUAAAGGACAUUUGUCUAUGACUAUAUUGACUAUAUGUACUCAUAACUAUAUUCAUAUUACUUGUCUUGAGAGUUUCUAGGAUCAAUAAGGAGUAGUAAGAGUCUUUAUUAUUAUUAUUAUUAUUAUUAAUAUUAAAAAAAAAAAAACUAUAGAGGUAAUGUCAGGUCCUGGACCAAAAACAAUAAAGGGAUCAGUACGAAAAUGAAUUGAGACAAACCUUUAUCUUUGUUUAAUACUACCUAAUAGCUUUUCAACAAAUAUGUAUUUUUAUUAAAUUCUUAUUGAAGUUGUUUUUCCUCAAAAGAUAGUGUUUUGGAAUGAAACCCUUUAAACUGAAAAUACAUCUGCGUGUAUAUAUAUAUAAAGUAUAUAAGUCCCAUUUAUUUUCCUUCCCGUGAGCAAAAUGAACACGAUCUUAAGCGCCUUCCAAUACUGUACAUGGAAACAAAUAAUUGCCUUCGGCAACAUAGUAAUCCACUACUGUAUGAAUCACUGAGUAGGAAUGUUGUGUUGUUUGCACUUUGUAUAGAUAAAGUAGGGUUCCCUUAGCCUGAACAAUUAUAUAUGUAGAUAUAUAUAUAUAUAUACACACACACACACACACACACUAACUUAAUGUAACUAUCCCCUUUUUUUUUUACAUAUCGUAAAGUAGAGUCAACAGGCUUGUAGACGUGAUUGAAAGUGAACAAUAUUCAUCUCAAUGUUUCAGGGGUCAUUUAAAUCACCCUUCAUUUCUCCUGGUGCUGUAACCGACCACUGCUCCUCCGGCACUGAUGUCUCUUAAAUGAACAUUAUUUUUCAAACGCCGAUGUUCAGAACUGUGACCGCAGACGUCGGUGAACCAGAAACCUGUGGUACCUCAUUGGAGAGGACAAUGCUUUGCCCCACAUGCCCCUUUUUUUUCAUUCAUCAGGCUGAAGCAGAAUGUUGCUAAUGAGCCAUUUAAUUCAUUGUAGAACUGUGUUUAUAUCGUCUCAAAUCACAUGCUGGCUGAACUUUUGCUGUAUAGAUAGAAGCCUGGGCAGGUUAGUGUCACGCUGCUGGACUCAAACUGAACAGCAUCACCUUCGUAGAAUUACUUGCAAUAGUCACACAUUAGAUACACCAGCAUAUUGUAUGUUUUCAGUGAAUGAAUGUGGAUCAGCGGAUUUUGAUUUAAGAAUCAAAAAAUAAUCUUUGGGUUGUAGUUCUACAGUAUUUCUCUCAGCUGUUUUUUCUGUAGCCUAAACCAGGUUUACAUUUGUUCUCAGAUGGUUUCAGAGGAAACACCACUCACUUUGACGACUCGACCGUAUGUUAUUUCAAUGGCCUGCAUGAGGGUUUGAGCAGAUUUGGUUAAGACAGUUUUGCUUUUGGAGGGAACAGUCCAAAUCAAGUUUGAUUUUCUUUUUUUACAUCUCAGGAUGUAAAAAGGUAGCUUUGUGCAACAUGGCCACAUCUGGUGACGUGAAACAGAUGAACUGGGGAAGUUGAACGCUCCAGUUUUUAAAAGCAAGCAAUUCGUAUUUGUCCCUUGUCACUUGGUCGGUUGAGUGGGAUGAAUUCUACCCAGCAUGUUCUGUUCUGAAAUUUAGCAGCCAUUAGUAAAGAAAACUAAUAGAUACACAGAUUACAUUUUAUUAUUCUGAAAAAAAGUCUCAUAAACAUAAAACCAGAGCAAAAAACUUGAUGUGUAGAAGAAGUGAUGAACAUGAUUGACACUAAAGUUCCUCAGGACCUAUCCUGAGACUACCGUAUUAAAAAGUGUAGUGACAGUUAUCUUCCAUUAUGAACAGACCAUUGCAGUAACAUACUUAUUGUUUUAAUUGUGGUGGUUUUCCUGUAGCUGCUCUUUUCUCUACAUUGUAAUCUAUCAGGUACCGAUUUGUGGCACUUUGGAUCAAAGCAGGACAAUUAUGUGUCAUUAUGGAUUUUACUCUUGUUUCCCUUUGUUAAAGUUUAGUGAAGUUGUAGAAGCCAGGUUGCAUUUAUUCCACAGCUGGAUUUUGUCAUUGAACUUGCUAGAUUUGACAUUUUUGGGGAUUAUUAAUCCGUUCAUGUAGCCAAAAAGGACGUGACGCCCCUUCACUUUCAUCAUUAUCCUUAUUAUAACAUGGGUCAUAAUUUAAGAUCAGAUUUGUAUCCAGCCCAAUUUUUUUUUUCCUGUACUACAUCUGAAGGCCGCAGCUUGUUGCCUCGUUUUCCAACCAUCCAACCAUUGCAAGUUUCAUUAUCGCCACGACAUGGUCUGAAUUAUUGUUUUAUUCCAGCGUGUAAGAUUAGAUUUGACACGCCGGUUUAGCAGUUUCAGUGGCAGAUCCUCACAGCAGGCAGCUCACUCAGUAGCAACUCAGCCUAAAUUCUUCAAUACGGUGUAAUAUAUUGCAGACGUGUUAAUAAGCCCAGCCUAUGAUACAACUGUCAAUGGUAUUGACUUUGGCUCUCGUCAUUAUAAAAACCUACUUUAAGAUGUUUUUAUUUUGCCAUGACCAACGUACUAGUGGUAAAGCAAUAAUCCAAUAAUCAUGUCAUUGUUUUAUGUGCAUCAUUUUGACUAAGGAAGUUCAGUUUGCCCCAUAAGGUGCAACACGACUCAAAAGGCCAAUCGAAGACUCGUACUUCAUACGAGUACUUUUCUAUCUUUAAUCACCCAAAUACGCAACAAUAUGUAAAAAAUCUAUGUAAGACGAAACCGAGAACAUUAUUUUUACAUGAUUGAUUUUUCCGCUCUCCUCUUUCCUCACUGCAGUCGCUGUCUGUUUUUUCCCUCUAUACACGUGGUCGAUGUACAGAACUGCGGACUGAUUAAGGAAUGCAGUAUUGCAUGAAAAACGCUAAUGCAUGUAUUUCAUUAACUAUGCAAGAGUCUUGCAGCUGUUGUACAGUAGGAGGCAGAGCAUGGCUGGUAUAUCCCAUCGCUUCAUUUGCACACCAUUCCAAUAUUUAGACAAAUUAUAAAUGACAGAGUAUUUCGUCUUUUUCUGGCAAAGGGAUUAAACUUAAAAAAAAAUAAAUAAAAAGAAUCUUGCCUACAUAUAAUUUGUAUUUAAUGCCACAAUAGUUUUUUAGCGUUCUACAUUUUCCUCUCUACCUUAUGUUUUUUUAUUUCUGCAGAUCUGUGCUCUCUGGGUGCUCCUACCACACUGGUAGGUUACUGUCAUUUUUCUUUUCCUUUUUUGACAAGAUGUUUAAAUAUUUACUUUUGUACACCAGCAGCGACAAAUGCUGGAUGCGAUAAUCUCUUAUGUGGUUACUAAAUAGCCUAAUGUAUGUAUGUCUUGUGAAAAAGGCCUUCCAUCACAGUUUGUGAACCCCUGUUGAAAUGUUCUCAGCUACAUCAAAGAUGUGGUCAGUCUCUUAUAUAAAGGCAACUCAAGUAAAUGAAUAUAAAUAUAUAUAUAGCUAAAUGCAAUAAAGAAAGAUGGCAAAUUUAUAGUUUUAUAUUACAAUACGUAAUGACAUUCAAAUAUAAAUAUUCAGUUGGUACUUUUUGUAAUAUUAAUGCCACAUCGAUUGUUUUCGUCAUGAUGUGAGUUUUUUUAUUACUUUUUAUUCAAAGACGGCAGUUUAUCAACAGACAAACAUGGCAACUUUAUGAAAUUCUUUAAAGAGGUGCCACAAAUUAUUUUCUUCCAAUAACUGGUUCAAACUGUCAAUAUGCAAGUCGGUUAAGAUUCGAGAAUCCUGUACGGAGCUGUCGUGGUUGUGACUCAAAUGUCUUUCUUAAGUUGUUGUCAAUAGCGGUCACUUAAGUUCCAGUAAGUAACAAUAAGUAUUUGCAACAUGUUUAAGUAUUUUACCUUUUGAAUCAAAGUCGCAAUAACCACAGAAGCUCAAAUAGCUAAAAUCCUACAUGUUAAGUCGCAGAUUAAAGAUUCUUCAGAGACUGAAUGGCAAUAUACAGCUGCGUCGACAGAAGUGGAGUUAAUACUGAAAGACUCCAAAAUAAUUUUGCGGGGGAACAUUUAUCAAAUGUCAACACUACAAACUGAUGAUACUGAAACUUUUCUGCAGCCUUAAGCAAAACAAAUUGUAACGGUCAGUUUGUAUCUGGAUGAUACAGAAACUUAAAGAGCUGUGUAACGAAUGAAUGUCACGAGUCUCCUUUUAUUUUCCUUGAAGCUAUAACAUAAAAAACACUAUAGUGCUGAACCCAUAGCAGGUCUCUGCUUUGACCAUUACUUGUGUUUUUUUAUUCUAUCAUUCAUAAAGAAUUUUGUAAAAUACAGUAUAAUGCAUUUAUUGUGAAUUUUAUUUUCUUUACUUAUCAAGGCCUUUUUUUUUUUUACUGUAUUCCUUCUUCCAGGUUAUUAUUGACCUCUGCAUUAUCUAAACAGGCCUGUUUUUUUUGUCAACAUUUUUUAUUAUUAUUGUACAUUAGGGCCUCUGUUCCUGCAUUCGCGUGUAUAUUUUCAUUUCAUGGUUUCUUUUUUUUGUAAUUUUUUAAAACCGUUCAACUGUUGAUCCAGUAAUUUCAUUAGACUGCAUCAAAAGUCUUCCGUGUUAAUUUAUUUCUCUUUUGUUAUCAAAUAUAUGCACUUUUAAUGUUCCUUCGUUCUUUUUUUUAAAUCCUUCAAAAAGACAAAUGUGUAUAUACUGUUGGUUUACCCAUGCAAGUACAAAAUGAAAAAAUCUGAUUAAAAAUAUUGAAAACGA